AGUGUUAUUGGCGUUUCUAGUCAUGGAUGAUCUCACCAAGGAACAAGUGAGCAUGCUCCGCAAGGCGUUCGACAUGUUCGAUCGCGACAAGAAAGGCUUCAUCCACACCAACAUGGUGUCUGCCAUCCUGAGGACCCUCGGUCAGACCUUCGAAGAGAAGGAUUUGAAGGACCUGAUUUCGGAAAUCGAUCAAGACGGGUCCGGUGAGCUCGAGUUCGACGAGUUCGUCGCCCUGGCUGCUAGAUUCUUGGUUGAAGAGGACUCCGAAGCGAUGCAAGAGGAGCUCCGCGAAGCUUUCCGUCUUUACGACAAAGAGGGUAACGGCUACAUCAACGUAUCAGAUCUGCGCGAGAUCCUCCGAGCUCUCGACGACGCUCUCACCGAGGAUGAACUCGAUGAGAUGAUCGCUGAAAUCGAUACCGACGGCUCCGGAACCGUAGAUUUCGACGAGUUCAUGGAGAUGAUGACCGGAGAUUAGGACCCUUGUGCACUUUCUCACGAUACGGCUGGAAUCUGUGAACCUCUUUAUUCGGCAACAUCUUCGAAACUUAGUGUCAACUGCCGAUCUGACAAAGAUUCUCGUCGACCUUCAAUAAAGCGAACAUGGAUUUGCUUGAUAAUUCGAUCAUGAUGAAUGA